GAAAUAAGUAUAUGCUUACUCAUACGUAACUAGAAAGCCGUAGGUCCUAUACCCCUAUCUCACGAUUCAAAGCCUUUCUUGGUGGAUUACCUUAUCGGUACCCUAAACUCAGGUUUGAUAGACCUACGAAUGCAGCUCUUAUCUUUGGACUACGGCAUUACACGGCAUUCUACAAUGAAGAGAGGGAUCGGAGAUUGAUCGCAGUAGCUGGUAAGAAGAGAGAUUUUGAUUCAGGAAAGGGUCUUGCUAUUAACAUCUUUCUUGCUUUCGCUACGACCCCUUUGGAACUAGUUCAAAUAAGGUCCUCUUGGAACUCUUCUGCGUGCUGCCGGUCUUCCCCUCGCGUGGGGUUCGGGAAGGCCUAAUCAUUUCAUAGGAAGAGCCGAACCGGGCUCCUAACCUUAGGGAACUUCAGAAAGGAAAGCCCCCUUUCCUGGAAAGCCCCUUCAUAUUAGUUAGAGACAGAGCUACUGUCCUCAGAGCUCUUAGGGACCACUCGAUAGUCGUACCACCAUGGUCUUUCUCUAUUGGACUGAACUUCGAUGGAAAAUGUUUUCUUAGCCCAUGAGCUCGUGCGAAACUGACACCAUUGAGAUUGAAAAUGGUUUUCAAGUCGAUUUUCCCUUAGCAUUUCAUGCUUAUUCUAAUAUCGUAUUCUAAGGUCAUACUUCUCAGACCGAUAUGGCAUGCUUAGCCGACUUGGCAUUUUAUGCCCACUCUAUGGCAGCCGACUAGGCAUUGAAUGCAUACCCCAACCCCACUCUAUGCUUAUCCGGCAUUUCAUGCCCUAAGUGUUCAGUCCCAACGCUAAAGCUAAAACUUAGCCGAAUAAAGGCAGAAAGCCGAUUUCUAUUUAUAAAGGGAAAGAUAUCUGACCGAGCACUUGAAUCCAGAGAUUCUAUCGGCACGGGUAUCCCGUUUCAACGAACUCACUCUGAAACCACCAAAUACUGACUGGCCAGUUAGGACAAGGGAAAAAAUUCAAGUAUCACCAAACUUGGGUAUCUUCUUUCAGGGUGAUAGUUUAAGAGCAAGGCCUUGACUUUGAAUUUACGUCGAGAUCAUUAGAAUUUGCUCUUAGAGCUAAAUCGUCAAUCUCUUCUUCCCAGGCAGGAUUAAGGGAAAAGGGAUUACCCCUCCCCCCUCCGGUACAAACUGAUAUUGAUCAAUAUCCGCUUCACGAAUUCGUCGAAGACGAAUAUCGGAAAAGAUCCGUUCAGCUUGUUCCUGAACGGCGAUGGAUUCCCCGCUAUAGGAAUCUUUCCAGCAGCCCCGCUUUGCUUUUGAAGCGGUCGGGGCCGGCUAUUCUCUCUAAAACCUGCCUUGAUCGUGUAAGAGAAUUCUGAAUUCGCUUGCAGCUCUUACUCGCUUUCAACCCUUUGAAAGCUACUGGCGAGGAAGACGGGGACUAGUCUAAGCCCACCGCCAAAGUGGAGUUCUUCUAUCUGGGACGGAUUUUUUGACAAUUAGGCAUUAGCAGUUGGUGGAAAUCCACAACGAAUGAGUUCUAACCUUUCUUUUUUUUUUUUCUCGAACCAAGAGAUGCAAUGAAGUUCCUCCCCCUUUCAGUGCUCUAAUCUACUAGGGAUGGAGUGAAGCUGGAAGGCUGUGUCAAGAAAAAGGCUAGUGAAAUAAAUGCCUCAGAAGAGCAAGGUGCAACCGUCUCUCUUACCGAGCUUUCUGGGAAAGAAAGGAAAUCGGUUUUGGUUGGCAGCAAAAUGUUUGACGCGGGGUAUCUUUUACUAGGCGGCAAUUCUCAUGGUUCAGGGUUCUGUAUGUCAACUGCUUUACCGGCUCUCUCAUAGCUGAUGCAAGAAAAAAGAGCUCUCUCUGGUCUUAAUUGACCACGGAUCAGGUCACGCUUGCCCAUGAUGCACGAGCUAACCAACUACUUGGGAAGUCAUCCAUUGCUCUCCCUAUCUUAUUCUUUUUGUACUUAUCACGAUCAAUUCCUUUUCAAAUUCUGCUACUAAAGCACUUCUUUGGGCAAAUGCGAACCUCCCAUUGCCUAGGCUCGCUCUCUAUUGCUGUAGCUGAGUCCGUCUAUGGACUGCUCCUUCCUGGUAUGUAAAUGGUAGACGGGGUUCAAAUACCGAUUCCUGGUUUUCUAAAGCACCUUUAUUUUAGGAUCCUCAGAAGGUAAUCCCCUUACUUAACUUAAUAUAAGGGGUCAACAAAGACCAGAAAUCAAUGUAUAAAGAACCACAUAGACCCCAUAUACUAAUAAUUACCUAUGAAAUAAUCUCUCUCAGUUGAUGGGAUAAAAUAGGCGAUUUUGAAUAUCUCUUCUUACCUGACCUGGAAGAGGAACCGUUGGUGGAAUCACCUCCCACUUCACUUCUCUUAAUUUGCUUUCACAAAUAAACAAAGCCCGGGAUAAAGCUUUAUUAAAGCAAGGCUACCGAUGAAAGAGAGAUAGUGAUUCGUUGAUGUUGAUGAAAGAAAUGAUUGGUUUCAACUUAGGGUCAGGAGAAACCCUCCAUAUUGCUCUUCUAUCUCAAGGUUCAACCAGCCUAAGGAGAAGGACGGGGGGGAAGUCUUAACCAGACGCCAAGGCGUGAAAAUAUCCUAUCCGGAUCCAUCCGAGCCAAAUCUUUACUUUAGAAAGGUAUUCACCGCUCAUCCAAGUGGGAAGAACUAAGACUUGAAUUUCAACUAUGCCGAGGGGAAUCGAUUGAUUAGGUCGACUAAGAAAACCUCCGUCACAGAAGCCCGGGAAACUUCGAUUUCACUUCUCAUUCUAUCGUAUCAAGGCGAUAGCUUCGGAUUCAGACAUUCCGAUAUCGUCCUUAUGUUAUGCCUGAGCCCUCUUUUCAUCUAACUAUAAAUAUCGUAUAAAGAAGAAAGUAACUUUUACGCCCAAAAACUCCCAUGCUUUUGUUUGGUCAACAACCAACCACAACUCUCGUUUCCUUCAAAAAGACUCCUACAGGCUUGACGGAGUUAAGCUGUCUGGAGGGAAGAAUUCAAUCUCAAUCCAUCAUGCCUCAACUGGAUAAAUUCACUUAUUUUACACAAUUCUUCUGGUCAUGCCUUUUCCUCUUUACUUUCUAUUUUACACAAUUCUCCUGGUCAUGCCUUUUCCUCUUUACUUUCUAUUUUUCUAUAUUCUUACUGAGAUCGCUAUGGUAUGUCCCUUAUGAGAAAUCUCCAUCAUGGAAGAGAGUCUUUUUUUACUUUCUAUUUGAGCCGAUCAUUUAUAAGAUGAAACUUUUCAUUUUUUUAUGGAAAUUUUUCCUAACCUCUCUGACUAAUCCAAGGCCUCAUUCUUGGAAAGAAUUUUUUUACUGGAUUUAUGAAAGAUUUAAAGUUAUAUAUAGGCUUUACCUUCUUCUUUUGGCAGAACACAAAAAAAAAAGAACGAAGAAGUAAGGAAAUGAGACGACUCUUUCUUGAACUAUAUCAUAAACAGAUCUUCCCCUCCACACCAAUCACGAGUUUUUCUUCAUUCCUCUCGUAUAUCGUCGUAACGCCCUUAAUGCUAGGUUUUGAAAAAGACUUUUCAUGUCAUUCCCAUUUAGGUCUGAUUCGGAUCUCUCCGUUGUUUCCUUUUCCUCCCGCACCUUUUCCUCGAAAUGAGAAAGAAGAUGGUACACUCGAAUUGUAUUAUUUAAGUGCUUAUUGCUUGCCAAAGAUCCUACUUCUACAAUUGGUAGGUCACCGGGUUAUUCAAAUAAGUUGUGUUUUCCGUGGUUUUCCCAUGUUACAACUUCCGUACCAAUUCGGUCGAUCCGGAAUGGAUUGGUUAAACAUUCCAUUAGGGAGCCUGGUCUUGACUCUUCUGUGUGGUAUUCAUUCUCGUUCGGCUCUUGGAAUCACAUCCAGCAGUGGUUGGAACAGCUCGCAAAAUCCAACCACUUCACCUACUUUAUUGCCCCCAACCGUUUCUCGUACCUCUAUUGAAACAGAAUGGUUUCAUGUUCUUUCAUCGAUUGGUUAUUCCUCUCCGUUCGUAUCUCUUUUUCCAAUUUCGGUCUCGAUUAGUUUACAAGAUUGAAUGGCCAAUUCUCCUCUGAACCCUCGAUUCGAUUGUUUUCCAAGAAUGUUGAGCCGGGUAUGUAAGUCAUGUAUCUGGGAGGAACUUAAAAGAAGGGCUUUCGGUUUUUUGCACC